UAUAAAAACCCUAAAUCUACAAAAGCGGCUUUAGGGUUUUUUUUUUUCUUCUAGACAACACUCACGGCUGAAGAAAACCCUCUUCUGCUGAAGGAGAAGUUUCACGUGAAAACAUGGCGUACGCAAUGAAGCCAGCAAAGGCCGGUUUGGAGGAGCCAUUGGAGCAAAUUCACAAGAUCAGGAUCACUCUGUCCUCGAAGAAUGUGAAAAACCUCGAGAAGGUGUGUGCUGACUUGGUUCGCGGAGCCAAGGACAAGAGACUACGUGUGAAGGGACCUGUAAGAAUGCCGACCAAGGUUCUUCACAUCACUACCAGAAAAGCACCUUGUGGUGAAGGAACCAACACAUGGGACAGAUUCGAGCUGAGGAUUCACAAGCGGGUGAUCGAUCUCUUCAGUUCGCCCGACGUGGUCAAGCAGAUCACAUCCAUCACCAUUGAACCUGGAGUCGAGGUUGAGGUCACUAUUGCUGACUCUUGAAAACAAGUCUCUUCGUUUUUGCCACAGAAUAUCUGAAGAGCUUACUUCCCUUUUUUUUUCUUUACAUUAUGUUCCAUCUCUAAAGAUUCCCUUUUUAGUGGAUUUAUAUCGAGUUGAAGUUAUGAUGUCAUUCGGAUUUUUGUUGGCUUAGUUAUUUACACCAUUGGGUUUUUCUUCAUU